UGAUCGUUUUGUAAUUGUCCGUAAUGGCGACUAUUUGUGAAAAUGGUAUAGAACACGCGCUUUUUGCAAACGCAAAUACACCGGUUACAAGUAAAAUGCCUGCGCAAGAAGUCGCAGUGCCGCAACCGCCGGCCACCGAAAGUGAAGAGAACAAUGUUCCUUCUUCGCAGCCGAUCGUAGGCAUCAUUUAUCCGCCUCCUGAGGUUAGGAAUAUUGUUGACAAAACCGCAAGUUUCGUCGCUAGGAAUGGACCGGAGUUUGAAUCCAGGAUCAGACAGAAUGAACUGGGCAAUCCCAAAUUUAAUUUCUUAAACUUUGGCGAUCCCUACCAUGCUUACUAUCAGCAUAAAGUAAAAGAGUUUAAGGAAGGGAAAGGGCAGGAGCCUACAGUAGGUUUAACUCCUGGAAAAACUGUUAAUCUUACUGCGCAUCAGAAACAGCAGGAAAUUUUGAAGCAAGUUGAACAACCGUUUGUGCCCAAGGAUCCACCAGUUGAGUUUGAAUUCAUCGCAGAUCCUCCUUCUAUAUCCGCUUUGGAUUUAGACAUUGUGAAGCUAACUGCCCAAUUUGUUGCACGUAAUGGAAGACAGUUUUUGACCAAUCUAAUGAAUCGAGAACAAAGGAAUUUCCAAUUUGAUUUCUUGCGUCCUCAGCAUUCUUUGUUUCAAUACUUUACUAAACUUUUAGAACAAUAUACCAAGGUAUUGAUUCCACCUAAGGAUUUGUUGCCACGUCUCAAAGAUGAGGCACUUAAUAUGGAUAAGAUCUUAGAGCAAGUGAAAUAUCGCGCCGAAUAUUUAAAAUAUCAGGAGGCACAAAGACGUAAAGAGGAAGAGGAAUUAGAAAGAGAGAGAGUUGCUUAUGCGCAAAUUGACUGGCAUGAUUUUGUUGUUGUUGAAACUGUAGACUAUCAACAAUUCGAAGUCGGUAAUUUCCCAGCGCCAACAACGCCAGAUGAAGUUGGAGCGCGUGUUCUAAUGCAGGAACGUAUAGAAGAUGGUGAAGAUGUGGAAAUGCAAAUCGAUAGUGACGCAGAAGAAGAAACGCAGACGCGUACAGACGGUGAAAAAGGCGAUCGUGCGAAAGAUAAUAAUCAGGUGCAAGAUAUGGAGGAAGAUUCUAGUGAUGAAGAUGAUGUAUCUCCACCAGGUGAUACUCACAAAUCUAAAGAAUCCAAACCACGCGAAACAAGCAUGCAGCCUCCUCCAUUACCGCCUACACCAGGAAAUGUAAUGGUUAAGAAAGGAUAUGAUCCAAAACAACAUGCGGCUAAAUCUGCUCGCCCCGUUGCUUCUGAUGAGUAUUUGAUGAUUUCGCCGCUUACACGAGAACACAUUCCUGCUAACAAAGUGCAAGAGCAUAUGCGUAUUGGAUUAUUGGAUCCUCGCUGGGUUGAACAACGAGACAAACAUUUGGACAAACUUGCGCAAGAGACUGUGUUUGCGCCAGGCACAGCUAUUGAGGCAAGUCUCAAGCAACUCGCCGAAAGGCGUACCGAUAUAUUCGGUGUCGGCGACGAAGAAACGGCGAUCGGUAAGAAGAUCGGUGAAGAGGAUAAGAAGAAGGACGAUAAAGUCACAUGGGACGGUCACACGUCGAGUGUAGAGGCAGCAACAAGAGCUGCGCGCGCCAAUAUCACACUGGAAGAACAGAUUCAUCAGAUACAUAAGGUCAAGGGUCUCCUUCCUGACGAAGAGAAAGAAAAGAUUGGUCCAAAACCUGUAAAUCGCGCGACCGAACUUUCUCACAUGGCCGCCGCCGCUUCAAAACCACAAGCUACGUUGAAAGCACCUCCAAAACCGCCCGCACCAAAGCCUAUACCAGUGCCCGCCCAACCUCCUCCACCACCAACCAUGAGUAUGCCAACUAUGGGCAUACCUCAGCCGAUGAUGCCACAGCCGCCGAUGAUGAUGAUGGCACCUAUGCCACCUAUGGCACCUCGCCCACCACCUUUAAUGCCUCCAGCGAUGUCACCGUUUAUGCCGGCGCCACCACCGAUGCAGCCACCAAUGACAUCCCCUAUUGGAUUAAAACAUCCUGCUAGUAAACCACUAGAAGAAGAACCACAAGCUAAGAAACUGAGGACUGAAGACUCGUUAAUUCCAGAACAACAGUUCCUUGCUAGAAACAAGGCACCUGUACAAGUUAACAUUGCUGUGCCUAUGAUGACAGAGAAAGCUGAAUGGAAAUUGAAUGGUCAAACAUUGAAUAUUACUUUACAACUAAGUGAUACUGUGGCAACUAUGAAAGCACUUAUUCAUGAACAAACUGGUAUGCCACCUGGAAAACAAAAGUUGCAGUAUGAGGGAAUGUUUUUCAAAGAUAACAACACUCUUGCUUAUUAUAAUUUAACAUCGGGUAAUGUUAUCAAUCUGCUACCAAAGGAAAGAGGUGGUAGAAAGAAAUAAAUAAAUGAAAAAAUAAAUAAGCAGGGAUGCUUACGAGAGAGCCACCCACAAUCUCCUCCAAAACGCUACAUUCUUUCGAUGUACUGGAAUCCAUCCAUAUGGGUGAAUGAGUCACGGAAAAGGACGUAGCAAAUUGUUCAUAUAAAAAUUUUAUGGGAUUUAACUGCUGCAACCGACUUUGGCUGCCUUUGCCCCAAUAAACUGUGCCGUGUUGCUAAGUGUACCAUAGAAAUGUAGAAAAACGUUAUAUUAUAUAGUACAUUUAUAUGUUUUUGAUGGUUUGUGUGAUAUAUUUUUAAAAUAAUCGAUAUUAUAUUGAGUGUUACAUAUAUACGCAUUACCUGCGCACAUCCAGA